CAUUGAGCUCAGCAAGCUCGAUCAGGAACAAGACGUCUGUCCCGUCUGACGAUGUAAUUGCAUCAAUUAUUCCCGUCUUGGGGUAGUGAUUCUAUGAUGUCCAUUUUUAAUAACUACUUUAUUUUCCCCAAGAUAGUUUAAGUUCUCCUAAGAGUAUUAGUGCUUCUCCCUACUUCGUUUACAUGGCAUAUAUACCAGUGAGAGAGGAUCAAACUUGUAACAGCUAAUGACAAUGCUACGAAGCACGCAGUCCUUUUUAACAAGCUCAUCCAGAGCAAUUGUUUCGCCAAAACACCCAGUCUCCUUAUCAUUAAGAUCACAAAACUGGACGACAUUUACAGCUACUAAGUCCAGUUCAAUAUACCCAAGAGCGCCUAUUUUCCGCAUCAUCGCACCAAUACAAAAAGCUCAGUAUGUCACCAAGACACCGAGCGGCUUCCAACAGGGAAGAGAUCCAGAAGAAGAGAGAAAAUUUGGCCAGCGCAAGCUUGAGUCGAAUCCAGAAAUAGUAACCACGGAGUCGAGUGUUCGUCAUUUAUAUGAGCCCGAUAAUCAAAGAGCACAGAAACCCAUUAGGCAUGGCGUCAGGGACGAUUUGAAAACUGUCAAGGAUACUUUUGACCUUUCGAGCGUUCCAAAAGAGCCCUAUUUCCUCGGUCUUGCGGGCACCUUGCCGUAUCUCGCCACGUCUCUCUCUACCGUUUAUCUUUCAUGGGACUUGAAUACUGUGUGGCCGACUACAUCCAAUUUCCUAAAUAAUAUCCUCAUCAGCCAUGAUACGGCUCGACAAUUACUAAGUGUCAUCGAGCCCAUACAAUUAGGAUAUGGCGCCAUCAUAAUCAGCUUCCUUGGCGCAGUUCAUUGGGGCAUGGAGUAUACCGAAAAGAUACCCGACCGAGACCGCACGCGGUUCCGGUAUGGACUCGGUGUCCUGGCCCCUAUAGUAGCGUGGCCAACAUUGCUCAUGCCUAUGGAUUUUGCACUGACAUCUCAGUUCGCGGCUUUUGUCAUGCUGUACUUUGCUGAUUCUCGAGCUACCGUUCGAGCUUGGGCACCAUCAUGGUAUGGAGCAUACCGGUUUGUAUUAACUGCUAUCGUAGGCGCUGCCAUUUUUAUCAGUCUCAUUGGGCGGAUGAAAGUUGGCGAUGCGAAGCCAAGGCUAACAGGCCUGGAUGAGAAGCUACACGACCGAAGGGGCGAGGAGGAUUAUACCGAGAAAUGGGAAGUCCUUGAGAAGAAGGAGAAAGAAAAAAUAAAAAAGGAAAAGGAGGCCGAAGAGAAGAAGAAGGCAGAGGAGAAUGCGAAGAAGUCAAGCAGCGGGAAGGGCGGGGGUAAAGGGGAAAAGAAGGACGACAAGGCGGACGACAAGGAGGGUGGAAAGGAUGGGGAUAAAGGUGGGGAGGAAGCGAAACAAGAUGACAAGAAGAAGAAGGGUGACAGCAAGUGAGCGUGAUGACAAGAUACAGCGAGCUAUAUACCUUCUAUCCUUACUCGAUAUGUUUGUCGAAAUUGUUAGGGAUGGAUCUUAGAGCUAGAUGUUAGAUAUGUAUUAUACUUAACUACGAACAUUGGGCAUUUUCAUGCGAUUUUUCAUGCGAUUUUCCCGCAUUAAGGUGGUAAGCGAGCAAGCGAACCUGCUACUUCGCCAGCAUAGCUCAAAAGAGAAAAUAUUAAUAAAA